AUGUUAUCUUCAAAUAUUGCGUGCUCGAGCCUCUCCACCAUUCCAUCCUACGGCUCUCGCGCCUUUCCCCUGCUCUCUGCAAUGGCAUUGCCAAUGAAGAAGAUUGUGAUGAAGGCCAUGAAGUCCACGGCGAUGAAGGUCAAGGCCCCGAAAGGCAUGAAGGCCAUGAAGAAGAAAGCUAUCACAAAUGUCGCCCGUGGCAAGCUGGCCAAGAUGGUCGUCUUCAAGGGUCGCAAGGAAAAGACUGCGACGGGCCUCCAGAAGGCUCAGCUCAUGAAGAACAAGCGUGGCAAGGUUGUUACAAAGAAGCAGCAUGCCCGUGGCAAAGCGCUGUUCCAGAAGUUUGCCCAGCGUUGGCUGGACGCCGUCAUGACGGCCAGGAAGGAGCUUGGUGUGAAGGGUUUUUGCGCUAUCGGUGGCAAGAGUGCUCAGGGCAAGGCACUCUAUGCCAAGGCGAAAGCGCUUUAUGCAGCUUGA